AUGGCGAUCGAGGGCGUCCCUACUGAGAUGCUUGCUGUUCAAAUCGUGGAGUUCAACAAGCCUUAUAAAAUCCAUAAAGUGCCCACUCCCACAAGCCUUAAACCAUACGAAAUCCUGCUCAAGACAGUGGUCGCAUCAUUAUGCCACACGGACAGUAUGGUGGUCGCCGGCAAAUUUCCGACAAAGCUCCCUUGCACGGCGUCGCACGAAGGGACAGGCAUCGUCGUCGCAGUCGGCGAUCAAGUCACCAAUUUCAAGAAGGGCGAUCGCGUCAUGUCAGGUCUCCCCCGGAACCCUUGCGGAAAGUGCUUCAACUGUCAAGGCCCGAAUGAUUGGCAUCAGUAUUGUCAGCAUUUUGAGGGACAUAUUGGUGUUUUCGUGGAUGGGGCUUUCAGUGAGUACCACGUUGUGGACAGUCGGACGAGUUGUCAUAUUCCGGACAAAGUGAGCUUUGCGAAUGCAGCACCCCUGGCCUGUGCGGGGUGUACGAUAUACCGCGCCGUUAUUGUGGCUGAGGUACCGGAGGGAGGGUGGUUGGGUAUCGUGGGUGCAGGUGGCGGGCUGGGCCACUUGGGUAUACAAUUUGCCAUCGCCAAAGGGAUCAAUGUCGUGGCGGUUGAUGCGAGAGACGAAGGGCUUGAGCUGUGCAGAAAGGCAGGCGCAAAGCACAUUUUCGACGCGAGAGAGGGGAAAGACAAAGUCGUGGAGCAGGUGCAGAAGCUCACAGACGGCAUGGGUGUCCAUGCUUCGAUCAACGUCUCAGAGCACGAGACCUCGGCCGAUAUGGCCUGUGCCAUCACGAGGAUGCACGGGACGAUGGUGCAGACUGCGCAGCCGGACCGGGUCUGUGUGGCGUUCCAAGAACUUAUUUUCCGAGACAUUCGCAUCAAGGGGACAUUGAUCGCGGGACAAGAGUACAGCCAGCAAAUGCUAAACGAUGCCGAACAGUUCGGUAUCAAGGUCGAAACGAACGUCUUCUACGGGUUGGAGGAAGUGCCCAAGAUGGUCGAGCUGGCCCAUUCGGGAAAGAUGAAGGGAAAGGCUGUCUGUGUUGUUGACAAGGCUGAGUUUGAGAAAGAAAAAGUAUAG